UACGAAGGGGGAUACCCUUGAAAACAUCAAUUCAUGAAAUAUAGAUUUUGUGAAUUCCAACAUUAGUUUUCUUUUGGACUUGAACUUAGACUACGUUCGUGUGCGUUGUUCAAUACCAAUGAAAUUAUAUAAAGUACGUAAACGAUAAUAAAAUGUCCACUUCUAACGUAGUCGAAGAACCAAAACCAUUACUAUUAAAAAAGUUCCAACAUAUUUUAUUAAAUAAUAAAAAAGUAACAGUUAUAAACAGUGACAACAGUGAGUUUUUGAGAAAUGUUAAAAAUAUUUCGCCACUAAGGUCACAUUUGUACACGGAAGAUUUGAUUUACGAAUCAAAACAAGGGGAUUUCCUCAAGUGUCAGGAUUACUCUGUGACAAUAACAUCUCGUCAUAAUGUAUCCACGAACAGUGUUCGAACGUUCGCUAAGUAUGUAAGUCGCCACGGGAACAACUCUUAUGUGAAAUCUUCAGACAACGUCGUGAAGCUUAUAGGUCAAGAUAAUUAUGAUGUGUUGUUUAGUACUUUAUGCUCCGUUCUGAAUUUGGAAUUUAAAGUGCGUGGUAUUUUAGCAUUGCAGACAGUCGCUAAAACAUCGCAAGAAGUAGGUUGCCAGACUGAUAGUGCCACUGAAAGUGUUGUACGAGUGUCUAAUACAGUGAGUACGUCGUCGCAAACGGACGAAACUUCAAUGGACAUAUUGUUGAAGCCCAAGCAAAGGAAACGCGUGAAACGCCAGCAUCUGAUGCCAUAUGUUGUGAAAGAUGACCCCAAGGUGGUAGAAGAUGUGAACAAUUUAAUGUACAAAAAGGUGAAGAAAAUAGUUAUUAAUCCGGAGAAUUUUGAUCAGUUUCAGUACAACGACAAAUCUAAUCUGGAUCAUAGUAUACUGUCUAAUGAGACACAAACAUUACCUGUAUUUGGUCAGUUAGCAUUGGAUGAAGAUUCUAAUACUAGUACAGGAAACAUGUCAUCAUUGUCUGUGAAUACAAUUCCAUUUUUGAUGGAAGAUCCAAUGUCUUUGCUGAAUAAUAUUGAAAGACAUACUGAAAUGGAGCCUGUUGAUUAUAAUAUGAGUAAUGUCAAUGCAGCCUCUGUUCCUGUAAAAAUUUCUCUUCUAGACAAUACACAGGUGACAUUACCAACCAAACCGGAGGAUCAUUUUCAUAUAGCUACACAAGAUAUAUUGAGGCAUAUGUCUCCUGAACACAGACGUAAAUUAUUAUUUCUUCAAGCAUAUAUAGAUUGGAAACACUGUUUGGAUAAAGAUGAAGAUGGCUACCUGCCUAUACAUCAGGCGGCUCAAAAUGGCGAUGUAGACCUAAUAAGAAGACAAUGCUUAGUCCUCAAAACAAGACAGGAAUCAGUGGAUAUUACUGCUGGAAAUAUGACUGCUCUGCAAAUAUCACUUUACCAGCCAUUAGCUCAAUGCACGUCCAUGCUGCUUCAUUUCGGGGCGGAUCCGCUCGUCACCGAUUCCGAGAAUAGAACUUGCUUCCACCUCUCCGCCGAAGAGAAAUCUGAUCAUUUGAGAGCUAUUAUCAAUUAUUGUCAUUCAAAUGCAAUCCGGAUCAUAAAAGAAAACGAGGAGUUCUGGAAACCUCAGCUAGAGAACAAGUCGAAGGAAGAACAGGUUCAAUACUUGUUUGACAAACUCAGCCGGAUGAACGAUAAUCAAGGUUACACACCCCUGAUGCUGGCCAGCAGGAUUGGCAACUAUGAGGCAGUGAAAGCGCUGUUGGAGAUGGCGCCGUGGUCUGUCAACUAUCAGACUCCCAACUCGGGUGAUACCGCUCUAUACCUCGCCGUUGGUGCAGCAUGUAUGGAUGCUAGUAAUCGCGGAAAUAUGACUAAGGUUGCUGACAAUUUUGUAAAAACGAUAGAGAUAUUAAUAGAAAAUGGCGCCGAUCCUGCCAUAGAUAAUCACUCCGGAAACAACGUGAACAUCCUAUUAACGGAGUUCAAUAUUGGCGAGUUGUCUUUGCUUAUAGCAAACAAGUUGACCGCAAUCAAUUGUUUCAAUGGUAACAUUCCGCAAUCCAAAGUCAACGAAGCGUUUAUACUAAUAAGGAAUAAAGAAGGCAAGCUCAACGUAGAGGAAAUAUCUCGCGACAGUAAAGACAUACGACACGAUACAAAACCAACUAUAUUGGAAAACAUAAAAAUCGGCACAAAAAAAUUACAUAACUUAACUAAAAGUAAUGUCGUUAUUAAUCAACUUAUAAAUGAAACUGAUAAAAGUACCAGUAGUAGUAAUUUUACAAAUAAAAUGAAACCGGAGACUUAUCAAACUCGCAGUGACACCAAUUUUAUGAAUACAUUCAAGAACUUCAUAAAAAAUAACAAUGUGGAUACGGCAAAUAUACCGAUUACGGUCGAACAUAGUUCUAAUGUAUUGCCUAAGGUAGAAACUGCGGCUAGCAGUAGUUUCACAUAUAUUUCGUCGCCGCAUGUAGAAAAAUCGUCACGAAAAUGGAAUAAACUUCAGAAUAUUCAUGAAACGCCUUUAGGGAGUACUAAAUUAGGAGGGAAUAUUAAUACUAAUGUAAUAAUAGAGUUAGAACCCACACAAGACAAAUAUUAUACUAAUUUAAGUGCACAAAGCACAGAACCUAUUGUCAAAAGAGUAAUAAAGCCACGUAAGAGAAAUGUCAGAGUAUUAGAUUCGACGCCUGGACCUUCUGAACAAGUGACAGGUGUAAUAAGACACAAUCUAUCGGAAACCGUCACUGUUCUGAAAAGACCUAUGUCCACACCGAAAAAGGAUUCGAAAAGGUUAAAAUUAGAGUAGUAGUAAACAUUUAUCAAUAAGAGCAGAGGAUUAUAGUCCCGACACGAUCUUAUCAUGGUUAUUCUGUGUUCAUUCAAGUUCUUUACGGGAUCUGUCUCGUGGUUCCUGUUUUUUUUUGUCACUCAUUCUUAGACUUGACUUUCUCAAAUAGGUCAUGUAGGUCAGGAUUAGUCAGUUCACAUGUACUUGUGUAUUUUCACAUCAACAUAUAGUGUAGUGGUUUCUUUAUAUAUA